ACUUGUGACUUGAGUAGUUUUAGGAUAUAAGGCGGUAUUUUGCUUUGUCGGCAAAAAGUGAAAGUUUCCUAACUUAACUAAAUAGUCAAUUCAAUACCCACGAUCGAUGGCUCCAUAUGGUUCUCAUCAAGAAGCCAUAUUACUAGUGCCGCGUAUACGACUUGAAUAAAUAUGGGAGACCUUAAAACGAACGGUGAAUUGAGGAAGAGAGAAGUCCUGAGCAAGCCGGCAGAACAAUUGAUGAAGGAUAAUAAGGAGAAAAUAAAUUAUAAAGUCGCAUCCGGGAACUCAAAGGCCAUUGGCCUAGUUUUUGUUUCGCUUCUGCUGGAUCUCCUAGCUUUUACUAUGAUUCUACCUCUUCUGCCUUCUUUGUUGGAUUAUUAUAAUGGAGAAGAAGGCAAAGGCACAACUUUAUAUGCUUCCUUAUUGGGAGCAGUUCAAAGCUUUCAGAAGCUAACCGGGGCCCCAGAAAAGCUAGCUUCAGUAUUAUUUGGUGGUGCACUGGGCUCUAUGUACAGUUUCCUGCAGUUUCUAACAAGUCCUAUAGUUGGAAGUCUCUCUGAUGCUUAUGGAAGGAAACCCAUGCUUUUACUGUGUUUGAUAGGGAUAGCAACAUCCCAUGCACUAUGGAGCUUUGCAAGCACAUUCAGUAUAUUUGUGCUGGCUCGGUUCAUCGGUGGUCUCAGCAAGGCCAAUGUCAGCUUGAGUAUGGCUGUUGUUGCUGACGCCUCCAAUGAGAAGACCAGGGCUAGAGGAAUGGCACUGGUGGGGCUGGCGUUCUCAAUAGGGUUCAUCGUGGGCCCUCUGGCCGGCGCGUGGUUCGCCAAGAACAACGACGCCUCCUCCGGACUGUGGGGGGAGCGGCCCGCGUUCUACGCGCUCUCCUUAUCCCUGGCGAAUAUCGCUCUAGUCAUAUUUUGUCUGCCCGAGUCACUGCCAAAGGAAAAAAGGGCGCCUCUCUCAUUCACUCUAUCAAAGACAUUGGACUACAUAUCUCCCUGGCAUUUGCUGAAGUUCACGGCAGUUAAGAAUCUGUCCAAACAUCAGAACAAAGUGCUGUCAAAGCUGGGGCAGAUAUACUUCUUGUAUUUGUUUAUAUACUCGGGCCUCGAGUUUACUAUCACAUUCCUGACGCAUCAUACGUUUAACUACACUGCCAUGCAGCAAGGGAAGAUGUUCCUGGUUAUAGGUAUAAUAAUGGCCGUGCUGCAAGGCGGCGCGGCGCGAAGGCUCGGCGCGGCCGGUGCCGUGCGAGCGGCGCGAGGAGCCCUAGCUCUCACCCCGGUGUCAUUCCUAUGUGUGUCGCUAGCCGCGGUGCCGCGGCCGCCGCUGGUAGCGCCUCUGGCCUGGCUGUGGUUGGGGCUCGUCCUGUUCGCUAUAUCGACGGCGUUCGCGGUGUCCUGCAUGACUUCAAUGGCAGCAGGGCAAGCGCCGGCGGCCGCGCGCGGCGCCGUGCUUGGAGCCCUGCGGUCUCUGGGAGCGCUCGCGCGGGCGAUGGGACCGCUUGUCGCUGCAUCAGUGUAUUGGUGUUCUGGAGCGGCUGUGACGUACGCCAUUGGAUCAAUAAUAUUAAUAAUCCCAGCUGUGAUGUUGUUUAGACUGAAAUCAUAAUUCCGCAGACUUUACACUGCCACUUAACUUAAGCAAUAAUAUUUAGAGUUAAAGUUUUUAUUAUUCCUUUAUUUAUUGAUUUAUUGUUAAGUACUCGCUUUAUGCCUUUUAUUUUUUCUUUCAUACGGUUGUAUUAUUGUACCUGUUUAUAUUUUGUAAACACCAGUUUUUCUCGAAUAACAGUAUUAUAAGUACGAAUAUUGA